GUUGAAGGUUCGAAUUUCAAUUUUCAAAGCAGUGCUCAGGGCGCUGGCUCUCGGGUUAGGGUUCGGCUACCUCUUCCAGACGAUGACGUUCAAAAGUCUAUCGUUUCUGGAUCUCGUCAACAUCUGCGACAAUGUACGGCCACAUGGCUCUUCUCCUCAUCCAUCGACGUUCGACAGCGAGCGGCUAGUACCUUUCCAUCUAUCUCCAUCAUCACAGGCUCCCAUUAUCGGCCUAUUGCGACCCAUCAUCAUCGAGAAACUGGAAGUGGAAAAUGCGACCAGUCACGACAACAAUCUUCCGGACAUCUGGGAUAUUCAAGACGCGCGGGUCUCUUUUCGAUCGUGGCUCGAUACUUCAUCGAAACGCACAGCUGCCAUGAAGGAACUGUGUGAGCGAUGGCGAGAUACAGAACUCUUCCCUGAUGUUUGCGGACCUAAGAAAUGGAGAGCAGAGAUGUAUCCCAUCUAUCGCGACCCUUUUGGCCCUCACGACUACCCGAAGGAUGACAAUUCUGACGAAGGACUGAACUACGCAUUCGAGAUGGAGCGCUCGGCCUGUGCUCUUUUCGGCGUUGUGACAUACGGCGUACAUAUGUCCAUCUACCAAGAGGACGCGUCAGGUCUUCGUAUGUGGAUACCGACUCGUGCGCGAACAAAGCCUACCUGGCCAGGUUACCUUGAUAACACUGUUGCCGGAGGAAUCCCCAGUGGAAUGGGCAUCCUCGAUUCUUUGGUCAAGGAAUGUAUGGAAGAAGCUAGCAUUAAAGAAGACGUCGUUCGACAGUACGUGCGAGGAACUGGAGCUGUUAGCUAUUUCUUCAGGACGUCCGCGGGCUGGCUGCAACCAGAAGUGGAAUACGUUUAUGAUCUUGCUAUCCCCGCAAAUCACCCAGAUCCCUCCGUUUUUGAGCCUAAGCCUUUGGAUGGUGAAGUCGAGUCAUUUGAGUUUCUUCAUCUCGACGACCUUAUGCCAAAGUUACGUUCGGGGUUGUUCAAACCUAACUGUGCAGUGGAAUAGUAAUUAUCGACCUGCUAAUACGUUUGGGCCGUAUAACACCCGAGAACGAACCCGAGUACAUGAAGAUUUUGACACGCUUACACGGUCAAUUUGACUAUGAGAAAUGGUAGAAGAGCUAGAAAUUUAGCGGACGUGUAUUAUACUUUGAUGCAGAAUAAGAACUGCUUGGCUUAGCCCAAGACUCAA